UUCAAUAUAAACUGAUUCAACGAUUUGUUAAUUUUGAUGGCGAAGCGUUGAUGGGUUAAGCUAUAAAGUAGUGCUGGAACACAAGAAAUUAGAGUUUUUAAGAAAAUUAUUUCACGAAGUCAAAUGCUUCAAAUGUUCACAUAGCUAUUUCAUUGCCUCAUGAUCUAGAAUUUGUAAAACUUGUAUUAAUAGUUGAGAGAACACAAACGUUUGUAAAAUUGCAAGAUUCUAAAAUAUAAACCAAAGGGGCAGCAUUGGCUUUUUCAUCGAUCAUUAAUAGCUUUAAUCAAAGACGACGUUUUCCCAAACGGGUCAAAACAACAGAAAAAUAUCAUGGGAAAUUGUAGAAGAGAUAAAGUCUCUUUUCAAAGAUGUACUAGUAUAAAACAUAAUCCUAAAGAGAGAGAUAGAGAGAAGAGAAGUUGGGUUUGCAAUGGAGAUCUCUAUCAAAACGUUGAAAGGAAAGAACAUAAACCUAGAGGUUGAAGAUAGCUCCAACACUAUCGACGUUAAAAUCCAUGGGGAGCCGAUGCGUGAAUUAGUUGUGCGACUUGGUCCUUCGGGUUGGGGUGCGGCAGUCAUGCGUAUUUUUGUAGUGACUCUUACCGGCAACACUCGUACCGUCGAGGUUACUGGAUCCGAUACCAUUGGAGAAGUGAAGACUAAGUGGCAGGAGAUGGAAGGCAUUCCAGUGGACCAGCAGAGGCUGGUAUUUCAAGGCAGGCAGCUUGAAGACAGUCGGACUGUAGCUGAGUGCCACAUCAAGCAUGGGUCGACCAUGCACAUGAUUUAUCGUCUUUGCGGUUGCUAAAAUGUCUCUCUUUGUGUUUGUUUUCCAAUGUUUUUAUCAUGAGUUAUUCUUGGGUUCACCCCUUAGGGUGAACCUUUAGAAGGGGUGA